AUGAUAUAAUAGAUUAAAGAAUAUAACAAAUUAGAAGAAUUUAUAAACUCUUCACUUUUAUCUCAUUAGGUUCUCGAUAUUAAUCUAAAUUACAAUUAAAUUGGUGAUGAAGGUGCAUCAGGCUUAAGUUCUGCUUUAGCAAAUUGCAUUAAUCUCUCAAAUUUGACACUUUACCUUGGUGAAAAUUAAAUUGGUGCAAUAGGUGCAUCAGGCUUAAGUUAUGCCUUAGCAAAUUGCAUUAAUCUCUCAAAUUUGACACUUGACCUUCGUUUUAAUUAAAUUGGUGUAAUGGGUGCAUCAGGCUUAGGUUCUGCUUUAGCAAAUUGCAUUAAUCUCUCAAAUUUGACACUUUACCUUGGUUACAAUUAAAUUGGUGAUCAAGGUGCAUCAGGCUUAGGUUCUGCUUUAGCAAAUUGCAUUAAUCUCUCAAAAUUGGCGCUUUUUCUUACUUUUAAUUAAAUUGGUGAUGAAGGUGCAUCAGGCUUAAGUUCUGCUUUAGCAAAUUGCAUUAAUCUCUCAAAUUUGACACUUUACCUUGGUGGAAAUUAAAUUAGUGAUGAAAGUGCAUCAGGCUUAGGUUCUGCUUUAGCAAAUUGCAUUAAUCUCUCAAAUUUGAUACUUGAUCUUACUUACAAUUAAAUUGGUGAUCAAGGUGCUUCAGGCUUAGUUUCUGCUUUAGCAAAUUGUAUUAAUCUCUCAAAUUUAACACUUGACAUUCGUGAAAAUUAAAUUGGUGACGAAGGUGCAUCAGGCUUAGGUUCUGCUUUAGCAAAUUGCAUUAAUCUCUCAAAUUUGACGCUUGACCUUCAUAGGAAUAAAAUUGGUGAUAAAGGUGCAUCAGACUUAGGUUCUGCUUUAGCAAAUUGCAUUCAUCUCUCAAAUUUGGCACUUUACCUUGGCUCAGAGAAUGUAACAUAAGAAUUCAAAGUAAUAAGCAAGUGCGUUAAAUCAAAAAGAUUAGUUGUCUUUGAAAUAUAAUUCUUAUGA